AUGUUUUUAUGCAGGCUGUUUAGGAAGACGGUGGUGGUGGUGACAGUAGUGGUGGUGUUGCUAAUCAUAGCAUCGGUUUUGUUAAUCCUUCAUUUUGUUAGUAACUCGAAUUCAAGUGAGAAAUUCCCCUUUGGAAUUGGAGUAUACACAUACGACGUGGUGUUUAAGUACAGCCAUAUUCACGACCCUUCCAUUGGCAAACAAUUAAAUGUUGGUUCAAAUGUAAUUCCAAUCAAUGAAGCGCAUUCGCCAUUCACACAAGGGUUAUUUUUUAUAGACAAUGAUACACUGCUCGAAUCUUCGGGGUUAUAUGGAGCUAGCUACAUCAGAGAGUUUUCUCUUUCCUCGGGGAAAACCAAAAGAUUUAACAAUUUAAAAAGUAACCUCUUCGCAGAAGGUUUGGCAGUUGUAGUCGAGCCAAUGACGUAUAAGAAGUUUAUCCUAACUCUAACGUAUAAGGAGAAAGUCAUUCUCGUUUUUGACUACGACACUAUGGAGCUGUACCAUUCAUUUGAACAUGAGUUGGAUGGGUAUGGCCUGACAUCCAACAUAGAUCUCCUACAAUCUGUAGAAGAUUUAAAGGCGGAAAACUUUGCCCGCAAUCAGAAGCUGUGGACGACUACUGGGGAUGACUAUCUAUACGAAAUUGAAAUUCCCCACGAUUUUUUAAGCACUAAAAAAUUGAGCAUCUCUGGGAAGACCCAAAUUACCUGCGCGGGCUUCGCCAUUUAUCAUGUGAACGAGCUGGAGUACCAUGUGCAGGCCAAGACGCUCUACGCCAACGUUUUCCUUACCAAGCUGGUCCUUGAGAUUGACAUAUCCAAGGGCACCUGCCUGAAGAUUAUUAACUUGUCCGGCCUCGUCGAGCAGUGCGACAGAUACGACGGCCAGAAGAACAAGGAGUCCGUGCUCAACGGAAUAGCCAUCGACCCGCAGAGCAGCAAGGCGGACCUGCCCAACCUGCUCGUGACGGGCAAGCUAUGGCCCAACAUGUUCCAAAUCAGGCUCAUCAAAAGCGUCACCAAGUGGGAGGCCACCGCGGUGCUCAGCGAGUACUUCAAGUCGAUUGGGCAGAAGGUCUCGUGA